AUGUCAUUCACCACUCCAGCCGUGCGCUGGCAAGAUACGGUGGCGUCGCAUCUCCCGCAGCCACUCAAGGAUUCAGGAGUGCCGCCGCAGUACUUUGUGCUUGUGCCCGCCACGCUGCUGGCGGUGCUGCUCACGUACACGCUCACACGAUCCUCGUCCAAGUCGGCAGCACACCUGGUCAGCGCUGGCGGCUCUACGGACGACGAGUAUACGACAAAGCGGUCGCACAACCGCGCGUCGACCGUGGUGCUGGUGGGGCUGAGCGAGACGGGCAAGACGUCGCUCUUCUCGUCGCUAGUAUACCAGACCACGCCCGCGACGCUUCCAUCACAAAAGCUUUCGCAGGGCAUCGUUGCGCCAUCUUCGCUCGACGGAGGACUGAAGCCGGUGACGCUUGUGGAUGUGCCCGGGCACGCGCGUCUGCGGCCGUUGGUGGACGAGCAUCUGUCGCAGGCGGACGGGCUGGUGAUCUGUGUGGAUGCAGUCAUGGCGUCAAAGACGAGCCUCUCGUCGCGCCCGGGCGACGCCGAGUCGAUCACAGACGUCGCGGACCUGAUCCACGCCACACUUACCGCGCUCGCCAAGCAGCGUGCGCGGUCGUCGUCGCGCACAGCCCCACCGUCGGUGCUGGUGCUCUUCACACGCGCCGAUCUAUCGCCCCUCCUCGGCGGCGCCGGCGCAGGCACGGACGCGGCCAAAGACGACAAGCGCCGUGCACAGCUGCUUGCACGCUGCCGCACCGCGCUCGAGUCGGAACUCGGCCAGCGCCGCGCCAACAUGGGGCUCGGCACCCGCCGUGCGGGCAACGUAAAAAUCGCCGGGCUCGGCAAGGUGGCUGAAGCCGACGACGUGGUCGCCAGCGGCGGCGUAUUCGGCUGGAUCAGGAGCAAGCUCGGUCUCGGUGCCUCGGGCAGUAACGUUUCGGCAGAUGCGCAGGAGGAGGACGACGAGCACGACGACGAGGUGGUCGACUACAUUGACUGGGCCGCGGCGCAGCGCGCGCAGGCCUCGGACGGCACCGGCAUCGGCGCGGCCGGAUUCAGCCUCGAAAGGCUCGACGAGCAGGUCGUGUUUGGCGGCAAACUCGAUGUGGCGCUCGCGAGUGUCGGCAAGGUGCGAUCGUGGGCCCAAGAUGCCACGCCCGACACUGACCCCCUCGCCGAUUUCAAGACAUGGAUCGCCGACCUGCAAAGCUAG